AUGUGCCCGGUGCUUGCAGUCUCCACAAUACUGGUUAAUGCCUCGGGGCUUUCCCAGCGGCAAAUAUCGGGCUUCACUCUUGGCCCGGGUGAGACGGGUCGUCCAGGUCCCGUUGUCCCCUUCCCAAGAUACUGGGGUGAUGGAUCACCACUUGUGGAGACAGUCAGUGUGCAUAUUGCCCCAGAGACUUUCACACAGCAGGCUCAUGUCACUGUUAUCACACAGAUGUCUACGUCUGGGUCGUCCUCCUGGAUUGACUCCGUUGAGCGAAUUCCCAAAACAGGCUUGAUUGACAAGGAAAACGGUUUACUGGUUCUCACGAUCUCCUCUGAGGCUAAAGGUGGACUCUCUCAACGCUUCGACACAGUUCAUACACAACGGCGUAUCACAAAAGAUCUGAAUCCUGGCACCCCUGCCGCAGAAGGACAGUGCGACCUGCAUCUUCGCCUCGCUAAGCUUCCCCACUGGAGCAGUGAUACACGGCACUCCCAGAUGCUUCAAAGAACGACCACUGUUUGCAUAUUUGACUGCAUCUCGCAGUGCCUAGAGCAUCGAUUCAUAGUUCUCAUCCGCGUCAACCAAGGCCACAUCACCAUGCGUCGGAAAUGCCACCACAGCAAACUUGGUCUCGUUCGUCCGGUCUUCCAAGCCUUUCCCCCGCAUCACUUCCGAAGCCUUGACCGCAUCCUCGCACCCAGGCAAGUCCACGAGACCAGUUUCUCAUCUCUGCCUCACUACCCUGACCAUGCGUCCAUAGCGGCCCUGGUUCUGCGCCUCAGUGUAUUGAGAAGCGUCACUUAUGGGGGGCAAUAUGCGGAUGGAUCUUGA